GAGCAGUGCUCCCGCUACCCGGCGGCUCAGACCCGGCCCGAGCGCCCGCCGAGAACACGGACAGGGACCUGCACGGGCACGGGCGCCGCGCCGGAGGCUCCUCUCGCGGGCGGGGGCUGCGCGACCAUGGCGGACAAGGAGGCCGGCGGCAGCGACACUGGGCCCCGAGAUUUGGCGACCGAACAGCAGGACUCCGACCAGGAGGUGAAUGAGUAAAGCUGAGGGCAGUGCUGGUUGGAAGGGCUGGAGCUCAGCGGUGGAGCCAGGACCUAGGAGCUCAGGAAAUGGCCCCUACAUCUGCAUGUUCAUCUCCAGCCCGGAGUCUGGGGGACACAGGAAUAACACCUCUGUCCCCUUCCCACACUGUGAACGAUGCCGACGCAAACGUCUCUGAGCAGCAGACGUUUCUCGUGGUGGUGGCUGUCGACUUUGGGACCACAUCCAGCGGCUAUGCCUACAGCUUCACCAAGGAGCCAGAAUGCAUCCAUGUGAUGAGGCGAUGGGAAGGAGGCGACCCUGGGGUGUCCAACCAGAAGACUCCGACCACCAUCUUGUUGACUCCGGAGAGGAAGUUCCACACUUUCGGGUAUGCCGCCAGGGACUUUUACCACGACCUGGAUCCCAGUGAGGCCAAGCAGUGGCUGUACCUGGAGAAGUUCAAGAUGAAGCUGCACACCACCGGGGACCUCACCAUGGAUACAGACCUGACGGCAGCAAAUGGCAAGAAAAUCAAAGCCCUUGAAAUCUUUGCUUAUGCCCUGCAGUACUUUAAGGAACAGGCACUGAAGGAGCUGAGCGAUCAGACGGGUUCAGAGUUCGAGAACUCUGAUGUCAGGUGGGUUAUCACGGUGCCUGCCAUCUGGAAACAGCCCGCCAAGCAGUUCAUGAGACAAGCUGCCUACCAGGCAGGUCUGGCUUCCCCCGAGAACUCGGAGCAACUCUUCAUCGCCUUGGAGCCCGAGGCGGCCUCCAUCUACUGCCGGAAGCUGCGGUUGCACCAGAUGAUUGAGCUGAGCAGCAAGGCCACGGUCAAUGGGUACAGCUCCAGUGACACAGUAGGAGCUGGGUUUGCACAGGCUAAGGAACACGUACGACGUAAUCGGCAGAGUCGGACCUUUUUGGUGGAGAAUGUCAUAGGAGAAAUCUGGUCCGAGCUGGAGGAAGGUGACAAGUAUGUGGUAGUGGACAGUGGCGGUGGCACCGUAGACGUGACAGUCCAUCAGAUACGGUUACCGGAGGGACACCUUAAAGAACUGUACAAAGCAACAGGUGGACCCUAUGGAUCUUUAGGAGUAGAUUAUGAAUUUGAAAAGCUUCUGUGUAAAAUAUUCGGAGAGGAUUUUAUUGAGCAAUUCAAAAUCAAGCGUCCUGCGGCCUGGGUUGACUUAAUGAUUGCAUUUGAGUCUCGCAAAAGGGCAGCUGCCCCGGACCGAACUAACCCGCUGAACAUCACCCUGCCCUUCUCCUUCAUUGACUACUACAAGAAGUUCCGUGGGCACAGUGUGGAGCACGCCUUGAGGAAGAGCAAUGUGGAUUUUGUGAAGUGGUCCUCGCAGGGGAUGCUGAGGAUGAGUCCAGAUGCCAUGAAUGCCCUUUUUAAGCCAACCAUUGAUAGCAUCAUUGAGCAUCUCCGGGACCUGUUUCAGAAGCCGGAGGUGUCCACGGUCAAGUUCCUCUUCCUGGUGGGCGGCUUCGCCGAGGCGCCCCUCCUGCAGCAGGCGGUGCAGGCUGCCUUCGGCGACAAGUGCCGUAUCAUCAUCCCCCAGGACGUGGGCCUCACCAUCCUCAAGGGCGCCGUCCUCUUCGGCCUGGACCCCGCUGUCAUCAAGGUGCGCCGGUCCCCGCUCACCUACGGGGUUGGGGUGCUGAACCGCUAUGUGGAGGGCAAGCACCCGCCCGAGAAGCUGCUGGUGAAGGACGGCACUCGCUGGUGCACUGACGUCUUCGACAAGUUCAUCUCCGCCGACCAGUCCGUGGCCCUGGGCGAGCUGGUCAAGCGCAGCUACACCCCGGCCAAGCCCUCCCAGCUGGUCAUUGUCAUCAACAUCUAUAGCUCUGAGCUGGACAGCGUGAGCUUCAUCACCGACCCUGGGGUGAAGAAGUGCGGCACGCUGCGCCUCGAUCUCACGGGGGCCAGCGGCACUGCCGUGCCCACCCGCAGGGAGAUCCAGACCCUCAUGCAGUUCGGGGACACCGAGAUCAAGGCCACGGCCAUUGACGUAGCCACCUCCAAGAGUGUCAAGGUUGGCAUCGACUUCCUAAAUUACUAACCGGCCCUCCCCGCCCCCUGUCCCCUUGGACUCAGCUCACCUGCAUCUGCUGACCUCAACCCUGACUGUUCUUUCCCUGCCCUUGACCCUAGCCAUCACCCGUCUGAAUUUCAGCAGGGAAGAUGAGAACAGCCAGGGCUAGAAAUAAUUAGGGGUUUUUGAGGGCAUACUGGAGUCGGGAAAACUGUUGGCAGUGAAGAUGGAGGUUGGGAAAUAAGAAAUUUGAGGAUCCCAGAAAAGCAGCUAGUGUUCAUAGGUACGAAGUGGUGAAACGCCCACCCCCCCCCGAUCCCCCACCGCCCCACAAGGGAAUCAGUACAUUUCUGCAGCAGUGAUCGGGCUUGGGGUGAAGAGAUCUCCCUUAUGUAGAACUUAGGGUGCCCUGUCGCGAUCCUUCCAGAUUUGGAAUAAGAUCUUUGAGCCAGGAGGAGAUUCUUCAUCUCUCUGAGACUUUUCUUUUUUACAUAUUUUGGAUGGCAGUCAAUAUAAAAUGCCAUCCAUCUGCAGUUAAUUUCUUUUCAUCAUGGUGUGAUUAAAAGUGAUGAUUCACUGGGAACUUGGAGGGUUUUUAGCUGGUGGGAGAAGACUGCCUACACUGGGCGCUAUUUUAGGUUCUCAUAAUUUAAAUUCCAAAAAGGUUUAGUGAAGAAUAACUGUAGCUUCAGCUAAUCCACUAGGAUUUGUGAGUGAGAGAGCUGACACCUCAACUUUUCGGCAGGUAAAAACUUGCUUCGAGGGAAAUGGAUAUUGAGCUAGUGACAUAUCCCAAAUUAUAUGCUGUGAUAGAACUCCCCAAAGGCCAAAUCCUGAUUUCUGAAUUCAUAAGUAAUUUGAGUUAACCUUAGUAGGAAUCUGUGUGAGAAAAUGAAGCUGCAGUUUGCCUUGUUCACAUCACCAAGCCCGGGAGUCCGGAAGAGCCCCUCCCCUUGACAGGCACACGUACUUUAAACUAACUCCCUCCUCCCUGCUGGCCCUCAUCUCCCUAAGAGAUUUGGCCAUUUAUUUCCACAUUUUGAAAAGAAUACAUUGGUGAUACAUGGGCAGAGAAUCUGUUUAACGAAACGUUUUGUUAAAAUCUUCAGUUUUAAAACUAGAACUGAAGAGUCUAUCUAAAGGCAUUCAGAGAUCUGUACUUAGUGAAUGAAGCUGGGUUUUUUCAAACCAGAAUCUGCAGUUUUUAGUAAAUGCCACAGGGGACUGUGGUUCAAUUGGAUUUUUUUUUUUUAAAGAUCUAUUUAUUGAUUGAUUGAUUGCUGUGUUGGGUCUUCAUUUCUGUGUGAGGGCUUUCUCCAGUUGUGGCAAGUGGGGGCCACUCUUCAUCGCAGUGUGCGGGCCUCUCACUAUCGCGGCCUCUCUUGUUGCGGAGCACAGGCUCCAGACACACAGGCUCAGUAAUUGUGGCUCACGGGCCCAGCUGCUCCGCGGCAUGUGGGAUCUUCCGGGACCAGGGCUCGAACCCGUGUCCCCUGCAUUGGCAGGCGGAUUCUUAACCACUGCGCCACCAGGGAAGCCCCUCAAUUGGAAUUUAAAAGUUCCUAACUUCAGGGUUUUGGAAAGCUGGGGCACAGACCAGAGCCUGCAGCUUCCAGCUGGGUUCACUUAGGGAGUGAGUCUACAAGUGAAGAACCACAAUCCCACACGUUGCCCUCUUGUGAGUGGGGCUGGAGCUCCAGCUGGCUUGGGGAUGGCACGUUUAACCUUCACAGGAAGGGCCUGGGGAGGAAAAAGAUCGGAAGAAAGGCAGCCUAAGAAUGGGGCUGAGGAAGCAACUGGUGUGUGUGCCCGCUCUCCAUCCUUCCCCACUUGCAAAGCCAGUCUUCAACAUUCAGGAGCCAACUGAGGAAAAGAAUCAAGAACCUGACUCAGCCCGUGUGAUCUGUUCAAAGCUGUCUUUUCCACCUGCUGGAGUGAAUUCGAUUUUAAAUCACCGGAGGCAUGCAUAAUGAAUGAGGGGAGGAUGGGUGACUCAGCCACUAACUUUGAAUGCAACUUGGAUUCACAAACCCAUUAUCACAGCGCAUUAUCAUACGCAGAUUUUAAGUAGCAUUUCCAACUUCAUUCUAACGUGUCUCCUUUUUCACAUUGCUGGCUGCAGAAUUCCCUACUAGAAUGUGAAACACUAACAAACUACAGAACUAGAGAAUGCUAGUCACAUACUCAGUAGCGGGGUUUCGCAUCGAGACACAAAUGUGCGCUCUAGGGUUCUCUUGCUGCCUGCUCGGCUUCAAAAGCUAAAUGUUAUGGGUCUUUCUUUGGUGUUGCCAGCCAUACUCUACAAACAAGACUUCUCCAUUUAGUUAUAAGUAAUAUAAUUUUAUGUACAUAUAAUAUUAGAAAAUUGUACAGAAUCUUGAUUUCUACAAUAUGCUCUUGUUAAAAAAAAAAGGGAAAAUGCUCUUUGAAUUUUGUUGAUGACAUUGCUGCCUUUAAGUUUCCAUGGUUUCAUGUCUUAAUUGUGCUUACUAGACAUUGAUUUGUACUGAUGUUAAGCUAUGGACUGUGUGUGCAGACUGAGCAACAGACAGAGGUGCCUAGGGUCAGAAUCCUCUACGAAACAGACCGGCUGGAUUGACAGCUCCAUCAGACCUUUCUACACACACAUCCUUCCCAAAGGUUCACAGUUUAUAUUUAAAGGUGCAUAAUAAUGUAUCGAUUCUCCUGAACUGUCUUUGAGAGCUGAACGUUCUGGUUCUGUAAGCCAUGUGACUGUGCAGAAAAACCUCCGAAAACUCUGUGUCCCUGCAGGGCUGUCAGCGUCUCCUUGUGGGGCGAAGCAGCCACUCUGAAGGCAAAGUGUGAUGUUUUCAGGACACCAGAAUCAAAGGAAGGAAUCAGGUGGUACACAAAUCCAGCUUUUCUACUGGAUUAAGUGUAAGUGUGAGUAAUAGAGUCAAGUCCUUUUCUUGGCUAAUGUAAGGCCUUUCCCAUCUUGCAUUAAGGAUGUCUCCUUGUCUACUAUUUCUCUUAAAUGAAAUGGUUGAAAUUUGCAAUGUUGGCAAAAAGAUGAUGGAGAGGGGGUGAUGAUUUUACUGGAUUUUCUUCUGCCCCAGAGAUGCAGCCCUAAUAGACUUCUUAGAGGGAAUCCUCAAAUCCACCCCUUCUCCCCUUCCCCCCCACAGAAAUAUUCUAGAGUAAGAGCACUGGAUAGGAACACUUGGACACAUUUUCUAAUCUUAGAAAGUUUCUAAAAGGCCCGUUGUCUUAACCCAUUACUCAAUUGUCCCUGGCAUAUUAUCUGAGGUUCAAGUUUCUUGGAAGCAGAACUGUCAAAGGGUUUCCUUUGUAACGUCCCUUUCUGUACACAGCAGGCAUUAAUAAAUGUUGAAUGUCAGACAAGAAUGUCAGACGGACAAGAGAGGAAAGAGGAAACAUACAGGCGUUUCUGCAGACCGAUGGCUAAGAUGAGUGCGGAUUACAGAGCCUGCCCUGCCCUACCCCUAGAAUGUUAUUUAGAUCAAGUUUAGCUUUUAGAGUCCAGGUCUGGUUAAUUGCCAGGGUGGCAAAGAUUCGCAUGCACCUAUAUAAACAGGAGUCAAAAUGCAUUAUUAGCUGAAGAUCGAAUCACACAUUGUAGAGAUGAAAUAGCUGUGAUUAAGCUGCAUAUUUAUGCUGGGAAAUGGCUGAAGUGGAUGACUAGUAUAAAAGUUGUUGGCCAUAACAUUAUAUCUCUUAUCUGCUUGGAAUAUGGAAAUAUAUUCUAAAAUAACAGCCACUGGGGUCUUGUUCACUAUAAAUUCAAACUUCACAGAACUUGGCAGCAAUUCACAAUUUGACUGUAUCUGCAAACUGUCUUCACACAUGUCUAAUAAAGCAAAAC